GUUAACCAAGUCCAUGUUCUGGUCCAAAGCUGUGUUGUUUAACAUCUUAUGAAUCCGUUUUUCUGAUUUGCUUCUCUCUUUGGAUUCAAUUCGAUUCUGUUCUCUGAAACAUGUCUGGGGAAGAGGAAGAAAACGCCGCAGAACUCAAAAUCGGAGACGAGUUUUUGAAGGCAAAGUGCUUGAUGAAUUGUGAAGUUUCAUUGAUUCUUGAGCACAAGUAUGAGCAGCUUCAACAGUCAUCUGAUGAUCCCAUGAAUCAAGUUUCUCAGGUAUUUGAAAAGUCAUUGCAGUAUGUGAAACGGUUUAGCCGGUAUAAAAAUCCUGAUGCUGUUAGACAAGUCCGAGAAAUUCUUGCCAGAUACCAAUUGGCCGAGUUUGAGCUGUGUGUCCUAGGCAAUCUUUGCCCGGAAACUGUGGAGGAAGCUAUUGCUAUGGUUCCAUCUAUCAAGACAAGAGGACGGGCUCAGGAUGAUGAAGCAAUUGAGAAAAUGUUAAAUGACCUAUCACUCAUUAAGAAAUUUGAAUAAAUGUCUUGCAAUUGUAAUUGGUACUGUGUAACAAUAACAUCUCACUUGCUUGUAAGCAAACGUGUUUUUCCUUGAUUCUAUUACGGAAGUCAUCACUGGUAAUUUUUGUUUUGUGACUUAUAUCAAGAAUGGUUUGACAGAGAUGUGUGUUGAUGUAUGAGAUUGUCUCCAACCUGUUAUAGUGUAAUGAAGUAAUUGUGAUUAUUGUCUAA